GGGGGAGAGAUUGGUUGUGCCGUUACAUAACCAAUACUCUCCACGAGGGAAAUCCCAUCGCUGACAGAACUCUCGCCUACUACUACUACUAAUACCACAACGCCGUUUCGGUGACUGGCAACUUUGUAAGCUCUUCAGGCACUUCAUCUAACUAAAAUGAGCAUUCUGAGUUAUAAUGGUGGUUGUGUUGUGGCCAUGAGGGGAAAGAAUUGUGCGGCCAUAGCAUGUGACCUUCGGUUCGGUAUACAAGGACAAACUAUUUCCACAGAUUUUGAGAAAGUGUUUGAAGUGGGACCAAAUUUGUACAUUGGAUUGCCAGGAUUGGCAACUGAUACCCAGACUGUGCUGCAGAGACUCAAGUUUCGCAUCAAGAUGUAUGAAAUGAGAGAGGGUCGCCGUGUGAAACCCAAAACCUUGAUGGCUAUGGUACAAAAUAUGCUAUAUGAGAGGAGAUUUGCAUAUUUUAUUGAGCCUGUCAUUGCUGCUGUGGAUCCAGCAACUAAAGAGCCAUACAUUUGUGCCCUUGAUCUGAUCGGGUGCGAAUGUGAACCUGAAGAUUUUGUUGUGGCAGGAACCUGCUCAGAAUCUCUUUAUGGCAUGUGUGAAACAGCUUGGCGUGAAGACAUGGGACCAGAUGAGCUAUUUGAAUGCAUCAGUCAGUCAAUGCUUGAUGCAGCUGAUCGGGAUGCUUUGUCUGGUUGGGGUUCUGUUGUUCAUGUCAUUGAACAAGAUAAAGUGACCACACGCUACCUCAAGUGCAGAUACGACUAACCUAACUGUUGUACGUUCAGUUAUUGGAGAGGAAGGGCUCAUUAUUUUCAGGUUUUUCUUAUCCUGAUCUUUAUUACCAAAUUUUUUGCCAACCGAUGUGCUUUUUUUUUUGCACUUUAUGUUUGUAUAACUAAAUAACAUUAUUCACACAAGGUAUAGCGAGUGAAAAUUAAGAUACCCUUCAGUUGAACUUUGUAAAAGCUGUAUCAUUAACAUAUUAAAUGUGUUAUUUUAUACAUAUGUACUUUUUGUUUCUCAAAUCAUAAUAAUAAGCAGAAAAGUUUAUACUAUGUAAUGGGUUUGAAUAAAUAAAUUCAUAAGCUCA